UUCGCCCAAAUAUCCGUCUAAUGUGGACAGAGAUUAUUGAAAAACGAUUGGUGUGGAUGCCUAUCGUUUUUACGCGAAACCGGCGUUUUCAAAAUUAUCCGGUCUAGUGAGGACGUUGCCUAAGCUAAAACUGCCACAAACUCGCAGCGAUUUAUCAGAGCUGGGUGAUUCCUGUCCCGACGCUUCCUUCACCCAACAUGUCACUACUCGGAAACUUACUGUACACGCUCUGGCUGUUUCUUCCGGGGCCCGCUGUUGCUCUGAAAGUGAACCAGACACCUUCAGCUCUGACCCUUCUCCGAGGACAGACAGCUCGGAUCGGCUGUUCCCUGUUAUCCGGGGACGAGCGGGUGGAUUCGGUGAGAUAUUUUUGGACGCGGACACCAGACAAACCUGUACACGGGUCCAGUAAUUUCUUGAAAAAUGGCACUCGGAUUUCUCUGUCCAGGUCUGAAGGCUGGCUGGUCAUUCGCGAGGUGACUAUGGAUGACUCUGACACCUACCAUUGCUCAGCGCUGAGAAUGGGUUCGGGCCCCUGGAAAACAUAUUUUGGAAUCGGAACAGAAGUAACCAUCCGAGCGAAGCCUGACGUCUCCCUCUCUCUGGAUCCCAAGAACGAAGCCGCUGGGAUUCAAACCCUGACUUGUGUGGCGGCGGGAUUUUUCCCGAAAGAUCUGAGUAUUUCUUGGGCUGUAACGGGAGAUGUCUCGUAUGAAACAAAGGCGGGUCCGCUGUGGGUAAGCGAGGACCUUACCUACAGCCUGAGCUCCCGGCUGCGGGUGAACGACUCUCGGCGGGAGUCAGUUCCCGUCGCCACCUGCCUGGUUCGUCACGUUACAGGGAAUGUGAGGACAAGUUUCACUUUCAACCGAGAUGACUAUCUUAUCCCGUUUAUCCUACGUGCUGUCAUCAUCACCGUGGGAACUAGUUUAUUAUUGCUGGUAGUGAUUGCGUUCAGCUUUGUUGAUCGACUCAGACACCAAACAGGAUGCGGAGAUCAGCAAGAGUAAGCUUGAUGCUGCCAGACCUGUUGAGUGCUUCCACAGUUUUGUUUCCAGGAUUUUCAGUUUCAGAUGCCUGGUUGUAAUUUUAAGGUUCCUCCCCACCUUGUCCUGGUCAUCUGCAUCAGUCGGAGGUUUGCUUCGCCUAUCAAUUAUUUAACAUCUUAACAAACCUCCCCCCCCCCCACACCCCAACCAAUUUGCUCCUUAAGUUCCUGCACCCAGGAAGCACAAGCCUAGUUUAUGCACUUCUUGCAGAGCUCUAUCAUUCCAGUGAAUUUACGCUGCAUUCCUAACAAAAUUUUAUCAAUAGCAAGUGUGCCUACAGUGAUAUAUUUAGAACAUUUUUAGUUUCUGGAUGUUCUGGAUUAUGAGAGAAAACUGGCAGAGAACAUAAAAACGGACUGUAAAAGCUUUUAUAGAUAUGUAAAAAGGAAAAGACUGAUAAAGACAAAUGUAGGUCCCCUGCAAACAGAAACAGGUGAAUUGAUUAU